CAACUGCACAAACAAAAAUCCACUUAAGAUUUUGGAGUACCUGAGCAAAGAUAUUAUGCAUAACAUGUCAAAAAAAAUAGACGAGAAAUCAAAGGAAGCAGAAAAGAAAAAUAAUUGUGAUACCAAAACUGAAGACAAGACCUGGGUCUUGGUAAACACUGUGGAGAACCAUGAGGUAGAAGAAGUGGUUAUCCAGCCCUUCCUUACUACGGACCAAAUGGCCAGCAGCCUGGAAGCUGCUCCAGAAAUGAAGGCUGGACCACCUGAGGCAGCAGAACCUACAGAUACCCUCAAGCUCUGUCCUCACGAAGAUUUCCUGAGACUGAGCAGAGAGCGGGCUGCAGAGAUCUACCCCAUAAAGGGGAAGACAGCCGGUCGCUCUCGCCUGGCUCUCAUCAUAUGCAAUACGGAGUUUGACCAUCUCGCUCCAAGGGGUGGGGCUGACCUGGACGUCAAAGGGAUGAAGGGGCUGCUUGAGAGCCUGGGCUACAGUGUGGACGUGAAAGAGAAGCUCACAGCCCAGGGCAUGGAGUCCGAGCUGCGCGCCUUCGCAGCCCGCCCAGAGCACGUGUCCUCGGACAGCACGUUCCUGGUGCUCAUGUCCCACGGCGUCCUGGACGGGGUCUGCGGGACUGCGCACGGCCCAGAGGCCCGCGACGUGCUGCCUUACGACACCAUCUUCCAGAUAUUCAACAACCGCAACUGCCUCGGUCUACGAGACAAACCCAAGGUCAUCAUCGUCCAGGCCUGCAGAGGACAAAACCGGGGAGAAGUGUGGGUCAGAGACUCUCCAGAAGCCUUGGUGGACAGUACUUCACAGUCACCUGACACCCUGGAGGAUGACGCUGUUCGGGUAACCCACGUGGAGAAGGACUUCAUUGCUUUCUGCUCCUCCACCCCACAUAAUGUGUCCUGGAGACACAUCACGAAGGGCUCCCUGUUCAUCACACAGCUCAUCACAUGCUUCCAGAAAUACUCCUGGCGCUAUCACCUUGAGGAAAUAUUUCGGAAGGUACAACAAUCAUUUGAAUCACCAAGUACUCGGGCCCAGAUGCCCACUGUUGAACGACUAUCCAUGACAAGAUAUUUCUACCUGUUUCCUGGAAAUUGAAAAUAGAAACCACAUGUCACCCAGCCCUCUUUUAUCAACUUUAAGAAGCACAUGCAUUUAACAUUUCAUAUUUCAGUAAAUGUGAAUACAGAAGAAUCUGGGUUAUACCUUUAACUCCAGCUAUUUGAGAGGGUGACCCAGGAGGGUUUCUUGAUCCUUAGGCGUUUGAGAUUAGCCUAGGCAAUACGGAAGACCACUUCAUCUCUUGAAAGAAAAAUAAAAAUCUACAAAAAAUGAA